AGACCAAAAUGACUCAUCUAUUGUCAGCUGAAGGUCCCAUGGGGAAGACAAAGAAGUUCUGAAAUCCCUGUCUAAUUAACAAAUCCUGGGGGCCACCCAGGUUCAACCUUCCAAACCGCCUUACAGCUCUCAGGUGCUGCAGCGGCAGAACCACAGCUAAGGCUGCAGCCAUGCCCAGAGCCACCCGGCUCGCUGGUGGGCAAGGUCGGCAACGAGCAAGCACCAGCCGUGGACCCCAGGAGAGGGCUCCUGUUCCAGCAGUCGUCCCAGUUAGGGACAUCCAGAAAGCCAGGCUCUGUAAAACAGUGGCCCCACUACCGCUAGCUCACAGUUGAGAAGAAGGGCAGAGCGUAUGUGUAUGUUUUCCUGGAGGAGUUAAAGCUGUGAUCAAGUACUCAAGCACUACUUUAGAUGUGGAGGCAGAAAACACGGAUCUGCCCUUGAAGGGCUGAACAACUAGGGGACACAGGGACAAAAUAAACAAGAUAUAUGAGAACACAAGGAAGUCAAAUGACAACGAUGUGUACACAGGGAUUCUUCCAGGAGUAAAUGUUAGACCCUAAAAAAACCUGUAAGCCCCACCUGUCUAACGUCCAGGAAACCUCCUGGGAUUCUGGGAGUGGUAGUUCUUCAAAAAUAACAGCAAAGCCUCAUGGGAAAGUAUGAGUUUUGUCCAUAUAAGCCCUGCCGACACAUGUUUGGGGUCACUCAGCUGGAGAGUUUCCACGAAUGGCCCUGACCAAAUUCCAUCUUGUCAGUAUUUAAAAUUUUAAUAAAAAGCUUGCUUAAUUUGGCUAAAAUGGUGGAACAGAUUUUUCUCUGGCAAAUAUCAGGAAUAAUAGAAGCCAAAGAUAAAAGAAACAAACACGUAACACACCCACACAUAAAUAAACCCAAAAUGGAAUUUGAAAAGUUACCUAGCGACCAGCUUCGGGGAGCUUAGAAAGGAUGUUAUGAGAUGUACUUAAUUGUUUUUGUUUUUUCUUUCUGUUAUAUUUUAAUGUGCUAAAAAGCGAGGCUGGGUCUUUGCUAAUGUUUCCUCAGGAGUUCCAGACCAGUGACCAGGUCGGUCUAGGCAGAAGGUGCCUCACACUGUCUGAAAUGACAGACACCUUCAAUGGCGGCAGGCGCAUCCAUGAACCGCAUUUCUCCUUUUAGGACUUAAUCUAUGACACUGACCUUGGCUACCAAUCAGCCUCUGACCACUUUAGUCCGGAAGCAAGCACAGCAGACAAGGGCAGACAAAACAACCUCUCAGUCUUCAAAGAUAAGGAAAGAUAAGCACAGACAACAGAAAGACUCCAGCUCCAACAACGUCAAGGCCAGAAAAUCCUCGCCUGCCCUUUAGGGCUGAGGAAAAGGGUUGAAAUACUAAGAGCAGCAGAGGCUAUCUUUUCAUCCUUCUCAUUGGCCUUGAGUUUCUUUUUUAAGAUUUAUUUUUGUUUUGUGUGUGUGUUCAUGUGGGUACAUACAUGUGAGCACAGGUACCCAGGUACCCAUGGGGUCAGGGGCAUCAGAUCCUCUGCAGCUGGAGUUCCAGGUACCCAUGGGGUCAGGGGCAUCAGAUCCUCUGCAGCUGGAGUUACAGGUACCCAUGGGGUCAGGGGCAUCAGAUCCUCUGCAGCUGGAGUUCCAGGUACCCAUGGGGUCAGGGGCAUCAGAUCCUCUGCAGCUGGAGUUCCAGGUACCCAUGGGGUCAGGGGCAUCAGAUCCUCUGCAGCUGGAGUUACAGGUACCCAUGGGGUCAGGGGCAUCAGAUCCUCUGCAGCUGGAGUUACAGGUACCCAUGGGGUCAGGGGCAUCAGAUCCUCUGCAGCUGGAGUUACAGGUACCCAUGGGGUCAGGGGCAUCAGAUCCUCUGCAGCUGGAGUUACAGGUACCCAUGGGGUCAGGGGCAUCAGAUCCUCUGCAGCUGGAGUUACAGGUACCCAUGGGGUCAGGGGCAUCAGAUCCUCUGCAGCUGGAGUUACAGGUACCCAUGGGGUCAGGGGCAUCAGAUCCUCUGCAGCUGGAGUUACAGGUACCCAUGGGGUCAGGGGCAUCAGAUCCUCUGCAGCUGGAGUUACAGGUACCCAUGGGGUCAGGGGCAUCAGAUCCUCUGCAGCUGGAGUUACAGGUACCCAUGGGGUCAGGGGCAUCAGAUCCUCUGCAGCUGGAGUUACAGGUACUUGUGAGCUACCUGACAUGGGUACUGGGACUUAAACAUGGAAGAGCAGUAUCUGCUUCAAACCACUGAACCAUCUCUCUAGCCCCUUAAAUUAAUUUUAUUAUGAACCAUUACCAUUAAUGUGGAAUGGGUUUUCCCAAAACAAUUCUGCAGGGUGGGCAGGAGGGUCUGGAGAAGGCCAGCCUCUGCAGCAUACACAGUAAGUUUGAAACCAGCCUCCACUACACAAAACCUGAUCACAACAAACAAGCAAACAAAAAAAAUCCCAGUUGUGCAAUGUAUAAAUCCCAGGGAUCUGACUGACUGAUAGCCAAUUGAUCUGAGUGUAUCACGAUGAUAAGUUUGUGAGAGCUAACACUUAAACACCUUCUUCAGGGAGUCGUGCCCACAGCUGUACUGAGCUCUUUACAGACAUCUUGUGGAGGUGCCUUUCAGUAUGGGUAGACUUAGGUUAAAGGCAAAAUUAAAGGUAGCUUAACAAAUGUUUAAAAAGAAAAUACAGUUCUUAUAAUGCCUAAGACCAAUGACAAGUAAUAGAUAGCUAAUAUUUACAUCUUACUUAUUAAGGGGCAGGCAUUACAGCAAGCUCCUUGUGAGUACUGAGUUGUAAAUUCUCCCAACAAGUCACUCAGGAACUGAUGUCAUUAUUAUUACCACUUGACAAGGAAACAGGAACUUACAGAGAUGAAGUGGUCUGGAGUAAAAGCAACACUAAAUGCAUAGCCCUACAUGUAACUGAAAGCCACUUAAUGACCCUAAAAUAAGACGAACAUUUCAUGUACAGGGUGCUUCAGAUUUCAGUGUCAAACAUCAGCAACUAUAACUAAUAUUUAUUUUUUAUUGUUUUAUUUGUUAAUCCCAUGGCCCAGGUAUUUACCUGAUAACUGUCAUCCUUUUACCCAGGGAAAUAGUUGAUACCUCAUUUGCAAAAAAAUAAAUAAAUAAAGUCUAUAAUCUUUGUGUCAUUUAAAUUCUCCAAGGGAAUGGUAUAUGAGAAGUCUCUGAACAAAUAGAAUAAAAAGUUGUUCUCUACUAAAGAGCUAAGUCUCAAUUCUCAAUGUGACCUUUGGACAUAUUACUUGGAAUGUCUGUGAGGGUAUAAUAACUGUGACUUCACUUAAGUGUUUGUUGUGUGAUAUUUCCUUUGUAUUCUAACAAACAAAGCUUGCUGGAAGAUCAGAGAGUCAAACAGCUGCACUCAUCAGCCUUACAGGCCAGACAGUGGUGACAUACAUCUUUAAAUUAAUCCCAGAAGCCACACUAGUUUGCCAUAGAAACCGGGAGGUAGUGGUGCACGCCUUUAAUACUAGCUCUAGAGAGGAAUAUAAAAUGGGAAGAGACAGCUCUCAGUCGGUCUCACUGUGAGAUUCCUGGAAGCAGUAUCUCCAUCUUGGACUGAGGUAGAGGUAAGAGUUGGCGGCUGGUUGUUUUGCUUUUCUGACCUUCAGGCUGAACCCCAUUUUCUGUCUUUGGGUUUUUAUUAAUCGUGUUGCAGCCUGGAGAUCAGAGAGUGGAGCUAGCCACUAGUUAACCACAGAAGCUGGGCAAUGGUGGCACACAACUUUAAUCCCAGCACUGGGAACUGGAGACAGGAAGUGGUAAGGUGGGAUGUAGAAAGUAGAAAGUAUCUCAGCUCCUUUUGGACCAAGGAAUAAGACAGAUAGGAAGCAACUGGCAGUUGCUCCUAGUCCUCUGAUCUCCACUUUGAUCUUCCACAUUCUUUUAUUGUUGUUGUUUUGUUUUGUUUUUCGAGACAGGGUUUCACUAUAGCUAUUGAGCCUGUCCUGGAACUAGCUCUUGUAGACUAGGCUGGCCUCAAACUCACAAAGAUCUGCCUGCCUCUGCCUCCCGAGUGUGUGCCACUUAAAGGUGUGUGCCACCACCGCCCAGCUCUUCCUUCAAUAUUUGACUCCUGGUUUUUAUUGAUUAAGAUUAAUUAUAUUAAAGCUUCAUGUGCUUUUAGAAGUGUUUACAUAUCCCCAACUGCCAGCCUCUUACUGUUUCCCUAAGAAAACAUUUUCAUUCAGCUAACAAAUAAAUAGAAACAGUUAUAAAAGUUUGCUUAAAGGAACGCACAAAGGUUUCUGCCAAAAGAAUUAAAAGAAAUAUUUUCAAACUGGAUGUUACUACAGAUAACUCAAGCAUAUUUUAACUAGUAAAGCAUGUUCAAAUAAACAACCUCCUUUUAAAGCUGACUUAAAGUUACCUUUAUGUACAUAUAAAGUUCAAACAAAACAAAAACAUGACUGAUAACAUUUAGUCUUAUUUUAAAUGAAGUAAAACUAUGCCCA